AUGUGGGAACGGCUGUAUCAUGCUCACCUUAUAAGAUUUUAUGAGGGUGGUUUUCAGCAUUCCAUGACGAGGCGUGAGGCAGCAUUAAUUCUCGGUGUCAGAGAACAUGCUGUGAUGGAGAAGAUCAAGGAGGCUCACAGGAGAGUGAUGGUGGCAAACCACCCUGAUAGCGGUGGAAGCCAUUAUCUCGCUUCCAAGAUGAAUGAAGCCAAGGAUGUCUUAAUGGGGAGAGCUAAGGGAACUGGUUCUGCAUUCUAAGCUGUACAUCUGAUACAACCAACAGAACUAGGGAAAUGCGUUUUGGUCUCCAAAAUUAUUUGUUAUACCAAGUAAUCUAUAUUCUUUACAAUAAAGCUGAUUUGGCUAUUUUUGAUCACUA